AUGGCAGUGAAAAAAGCUACCGCUGAAGAAAAAAGAGACAAGCUUCUUCAAUUUUUUACGGAUGACUUUUCGUUCUAUUCAAUAAAGGAAAUUGAAACAACCGCUGCCAAAAAAACUGGGAUCAGUUCUAUGCAAAUUAAAGAUGUUCUUCAACAGUUAUUAGAUGAAGACCUUGUGAAGUUUGAUAAAUGUGGAUCUAUGAAUCUAUAUUGGUGUUUCCAGUACGAUCUGACCAAAAAUAUGAUUGUCAAACAUCGGCGCUUAUUAGAAAAUAUUAGGGAAGCAGAAGACGACAAGAGGCAGAUUGUAUCUGCAAUUAAUGUAGCUAGAAAGGAAAGAGAAGAAAAUAUUUCCAAUGAUAAAGAUGGUGCAAAUAAUAUCACCAGAAUAUCACUUCAACGGGAAAUUAAGGAAUUGAAACAAGAGCAUCAGGAGCUUUUAUCCAGGGUCCGAGAAUUACAAUUAAAUGAUCCCGCAAGGAUCGAGCAAAUGCAACUGAGUCUCAUUAAGACUCAGUUGGAAUCAGAGCGCUACACUGAUAAUGUGGAUUCAUUAGUUGGGUAUUUGGCACGAGAAAAUGGGAUAAAUUCCUCUGACCUUAGACGGGAGUUAGGAAUUCCUGAUUAUGAUUAA